CUGCUUCAAAGAUUCAUCGCAUCGUUUCAACAUCGUUUGUUGAUCUUGAAACAGCGCUCACGACGAUGACGGUUGCAAUUGGGUUUUUGUCGCUUCCGGCAGAGUUGAUAUGUCAUAUUCUAUUCCUCCUUGCUCCAAGGGACCUUUGUCGCUGUGCAAUGACAUGCAAAACCGUACGGAAUGCAGCCCAGGAUUCUAUCCACGUCCAAUACAAGCUUGAGCUGUAUGCUCAGGGCUUCACAGAAACAAGAACUCUAAACUCGAUCGGUGUUGACAGAAGGAUGUCCUCACUCAAGAAAUUGGUAACCUUAUGGCGAUCUGUUUUCCACGCCAGUACUGUUUUCGAACAUGCGGUGUCCCCUGUCAGCACCUACACUGCAGGAAUACAAUACAUGAAAUGCGGGAUUUGGUGGAUGUGGGACAAUGGCAAUCUCUUCAUUCGGGACUGCAACACAAAUAUCAAACUCUCUCGUUCGUUCCCCAGAUACGAGCGGUUAUCCCAGGAUCGGUUGCCGAGAUCGGUGAGAUCAGUUGUCUUCGAUCCUAUUCAGGAUCUUGUGGUCGUAGUUCCCUUGCCUGCUAUAUGCAUCGUAACUGGUGCCGAGCAAAAUCGCCACAUUUUUUCGGUGGAGUUUCGGUUAGCUUCAUCCCUGCUUCCACAUCCAGAUUCUGUAGACGCUUCCUUGAAGUGCCAACAUUCUUUUGAGGAAUCUGGCCAUUACCGUGUCACUUUUACGCAAGAGCCUGUAAUCUGUGGGGAUCGUAUAGUUGUUCUCUAUUGCACAUCGGGCAUAUUGGGGUCCAACGAGUUCAUACAAGUGAUUGAUUGGAGGAAGGGGCAUGCGAAGAGUUAUCCUUUACGUGAAGAUGUUGCGGGUUUCCAUCUAGUUGAUGAACAGAAGUUUGUUGUCAUCGACACUCAGGGUGUUAUAACGUUGUACACAUUACAAGAACAUGGUUCACCACAGCGCCGAGUCAUGUAUCGCCUUCAGGAAUCUGUGCGUGCGCCGUUCUACCUAUUCCAUGCCACCCCGUUCCAAGGUGCAACAGCUUGUCCAGACCUUGAGCCCGGCUACGUGCCCUCUCUGGAGUCACAAAUCAUUGUUUUAGAGACUCUCACAAACGCAUGCCCCGUGAUUCUAGUCAUCGAUAUGGUCAUCUUCUCAGGAAAAGUCUUGCACUCAGAGACGCCUGUCGAAGUUCCCUGGUCGGAGUGGGGACCCCAGUAUACGUGCUGCUUCCGGCAUCAUCCAAGCUGCCAAAUCAGUGUGUUUGGUAGCAAAAUAGCCUGUGCUCUUCCUCGCUAUGCUCUUCUUCGGCCUUUGCCUCUUUCCACCCCUAAAGGACUCUGCACUGACACUUGUUUCUACGUGCACAUCUUGGACUUCAAUCAGCGAGUCAUCGCUCGCGCGGAAAACAUUUACGACCCCAACUUACCAACCCGCUUUAUAUGCAAGCCUUCUGAUCAUUCCCAUGGACCCAUCAUCUCAUAUCGUCCUUACAUUUCCACCAUCUGUCGUACUCAAUUUUCGCCUCACUGCUUUGCCAGGUUAUUCUUGGAAGAUGAUCGACUUACUUUAACAUGGUUGCGGGAUGACGCGGUUCACAUUCAGGUCGUUUCCCCUGUACAGAUGGAGGUCGCCUCGAACCUUGUGCGCUAGAAUAAAUAUCAGCAGUCGAGGGAUUAUGAUCAACGUCGUCGUUAAUUUUUUUACACUUCAGCCCGCCAUUCUUGUGUACUUAAUUUAUUCCGGACGCAUUGACGGCGACAGUCCGUAUUUUGGGCAAUACGGGGUCUUGCGUAGAAAU